UGCAGCUUUUCCAGGUACUGGGGUCUGCAAAGUGGGAAGCGGUUUCAAUUUCAAACCCUAACAGACAGAGGGAAGGGCCAGUGAAUUGUGGAAUAACGUAAACACCGAAACGUUAAAGCGUUUAGCCGUAACAUUUCCACGUUAUCCUCCACAAACCAGUGCGUUGUCCAUAUCAAAGGCUGCAGUUUUUUCAUCCCACUGGAUCCGCGAAAUAACUCGUCCGCCACCGCGUACUCGCUCCAGUUUUCCGCGCCUGGUUCAUUUGAAUGAUUACUCGACGCUAGACUCGUUUACAGCAGGUGUUGGCCAAACCGGACACCGAACCACACUUAACUAUUACUAUUUUUUUGGCGGACAUAGCAAGCUAUUUCUGCAAGAAACAUGCCGAGGUCCAACAGGCAAAAAGAAUACAAACCUGGAGAUCUUGUAUUUGCUAAAAUGAAGGGGUAUCCACACUGGCCCGCGAGGAUUGACGAAUUACCUGAAGGAGCCGUGAAGUCCCCCUCAAACAAGUACCAGGUGUUCUUCUUUGGCACGCACGAGACGGCGUUCCUGGGGGCCAAGGAUUUGUGCCCUUACGAUGAAAACAAAGAGAAGUUUGGGAAAGCAAACAAGAGGAAAGGCUUUGCUGAGGGACUUUGGGAAAUCGAGAACAACCCCACUGUCACGCAUGAAGGCAACGAGUCAACCAAGAAGGACAAUGCGUCAGAAGGAGCAGCAGAUGCUGGGAGCACGGAGAAAGCAGACGCAGAGGGCAGUAGUGAUGAGGAUGAAGGGGCCCUGGUUAUCGACGAGAAGAACGAGAGGGGAGGAACUAAACGAAAAGCAGGGGAGUCCACAGAGGCUUCACCCAAGCGGCCGAAGGAUACCGAGGUAGAUGGUGACGCGAAAGUAGACGGCAGCAAGUCUAAAGGGGAGGCCAAGCUCAACGAUGUGGCCGGACCCAAGGCAACUGCCCCGUCCUCACAGUGCGAGUCGAAAGCAGAGGCCCAAGACAAUGCUCCUGCAGGGGAGCAGCUAACAGCAGAUAAGCCUGUGACCGGCAGCGCUUAACGUCAACUCUCAGAAGAAAAAAAAACCCAAGAAACUUUGAUGCUUUCCACAGGAAUUUAAGCAUCAACAUGAUUACCUGCAGGAUGCCAGAUUUCAGCUGUUUAAUUGAAAGGAUAAUUAAAAAAAACUAAAGUUUGUAUUCAGAGACAAACAACUCUUCAUCUGCCAUUUUUGGGGUAUCAUAUAUCCCAAAAACGAAACGUUUGCUAAUCUGGUUCCAAACAAUUGAACUGAGCACUUUAAGGCUCAUUUAUAAAUGGGAUUUUGGUGUGUAUAUAUUUUUUAUUUCUAAGUGCAAUUACAUAAUUACAAAGACUGAAUGCUUGGUGUCAAAAAACAUUUUCAGUUUAGAGGGAAUAAAAACUGAAUAUAUGAAACAUUUUAACCCAAAAAAAGAUAAAUACUUAUAUCUGAUGGUUUUAAAACAUAGAUAUUGUACAGGAAUAAGAACAAAUUUCCACCCAAGCUUGCAUAAAUUCAAUGUUUUACCUACAUCUAUCUCACCUAGCUUCAGCCUCUUAUUAAAUAAUAUCUUCAGUCAUUGGAUACAUGAUGAGUUGCACUUCGUAAAUUAGCUUCUUUUUUUCAUCUGCCCCAUUAAUCAUUAUCUAGUUCACUGUAUAAUGUUUUAAUGCAACACAGGUUUUGUUGCUUUUGUGUAGUGAAUGCUUCAUUGCAGACCCAUUUGAAAAGCGCUCUUGUAGGAUCAAAUCAGUCACUCUUCAAAGCCCUAUGUUACUUCCAUCCGCUGAUGAUUGUUUAUUAUUGAAAACGGAAAGACAUUCCUGAAUGUUGUUGCUCAGUCUUUAAGUUUUGGAGUUUUUUUGCAGGUGGUAAAAGCUAUGUCGCAACCUUUUCUGGAGAAAUGAUCUGGCAAACGUUUCAAAAUCCAUCAACUCAACUGUCAAUUCCUCCAAAUUCUUAUAAAUCUCAUGUUAAUGCUGCCACUCAUUCAUACUUGAAAUGUAACCAGGAAGAACACUUAGUUGCAUUCAAUAAUUGGUUGUACCAAAUAUGUUUUUUCAUAUAUUUUUUAUCAAAUGUAUAGCUAACAUCGUUAAUGCCAUCCUAUGAUCUGCACAAAUUCUGAAUUGAAUUUUAAUAAGUUAAAUCAUGAGAAGAAUGUACAGAGUGACCCAUCUGUAAAUCUUUGUUUUUUCCAAACCUCUUAACUGGAAUAUGAGUCUGUUCUAUUUCAAUGGUCUUAUUUGUUUUGGCUGUAAAACAAAGUUGUGAUGUUUAAAAGGUGUGUUUUUAUUUUAUCAUUUGUUUAGACGACAUGUUCAAAAUGUGGUGUUUAUUGUAUUCCACUAGAGGUUAAAUUUUAUGGUUCAAGUGUUUGUGUGACGCUGGACCUGCUCACUGUGUUACUUGGAUGUCAUUGUCAUCGCUUUAGUGUUCUUGCCUGUAUUUGGCAACAUGGAGUUACAGUUAAUCAAGUGAUGAACCUAAGGGAAAUUUCAGCUUUUAAAAAUGAACAUGAAACUGACUGCUUUGCCUAAAAACGGCUUGAACCCACCUAUAACAUUGCCCUUAUUACAACUAGGAGAUGGUCAAAGGGGCCUGUGUGUAAUAUCGAGGGUAUAAUUUGGCAUUGAGGUGUUAUUCUUGGUUAAGCUUUCUCUUUUCCUUUCAGAAGCUUUCAUUCAUCUUUAUCUACUGCUUACUGUUGUAGUUGCCAGUCCAUUUAAUAAACAUGUUGAUUACAAACAA